UAUAUUCGGUAAUAGCCAUCUCAAUACAUUUCCAGCAGCGAUCCGACAUCAUGACAAGGACCGGAAGUUCUCCGCCUCCGUUUCGUUGGAAAGCUCUGCACUCGACUCUCCUGAUCUUCUCCAACACCUCGGAUUAGAAGAGAAAUGGAGAAGGCCGCCUCCAUGCUUGCCUCCUUCUUGGGCGGCGGUGGCUCGCCGGAGCCGCCCACCGCCACCGUCUCCUCCAUCUUCAUCUACCCGAUCAAGUCUUGCAGGGGAAUCUCUGUCCCUCACGCUCCCAUCACCUCCACUGGAUUUCGUUGGGAUCGGCAGUGGAUGGUUGUAAACUCAAACGGGAGGGCAUAUACUCAAAGAGGUGAACCAAAGCUUGCUUUGGUUGAGGUAGAGGUGCCAGCUGAUUCCUUUAAUGAAGAUUGGGAACCAACAGAGAACUCAUAUUUGGUUAUAAGGGCCCCAGGGAUGGAUACAUUGAAGGUUCCUCUGAACAGGAAAUGUGCUGUAACUCAUGGCAUCUCUGUAUGGGAGUGGUCUGGUGCUGCAUUUGAUGAAGGAUCUGAAGCAUCUGAAUGGUUUUCAAAUUAUCUUGGGAAGCCAAGUCGUCUCGUGCGUUUUAACGCUACAUCAGAAAUUAGAGCUGUAGAUCCUAAAUAUGCUCAGGGACACAAAACCAUGUUUUCGGAUCAAUAUCCAUUCUUGUUGAUAUCCCAGGGUUCUUUGAAUACACUAAAUGAACUUCUCAAAGAACCACUAUCAAUUAAUCGAUUCAGACCAAAUAUUCUCGUCGAUGGAUGUAAUCCAUUUUCAGAGGAUCUGUGGAAAGUAAUAAAGUUCAACAAGUUAACAUUUCAAGGUGUUAAACUAUGCUCACGUUGUAAGGUACCAACAAUCAAUCAAGAAAAUGGAAUUGCUGGUGUUGAGCCAACUGAAACUCUCAUGAAGUUCCGGUCUGACCAUGCUUUGCACCUAAAGGGGAAACCACAGGGGAAGGUAUACUUUGGGCAAAAUUUAGUCUGCAGAGAAUCCCUUUCCGCACAAGGCAAAGGCAAGAUCGUUAAGGUUGGAGAUCCAGUUUAUGUUCUUGAGGAGGUCUCUUCUUCUGCUGAUGCAGCAAUUUGAAUAUCAAAACAUUUAAUCUAGGUAACUGUGUCAAUGGGUACCUAUCAUGCAGCAAAUAGUGCAUAUAUGCAAAGAGAAUGUUUCAUUUUUCAGCCUAAGUUUAAGACAAAUGGACAAAAAAAAAAAAAAACACUAUAUCUGAAUCUUUGUUCACCUCAAAAAGAUACUAUUGCAGCUAUUCUCUGAA